AUCUCCGGCUGCAGGUCCGCCUAGGCUAGAAGCGAGGGCGCAGGCAGAGGGUGUGUGGUCGCAGGCUAGGCUUCAGCAGCCCCCACCGAGCCCCGACCCUGCUGGCCGCCCCACCUCACCUCGUCGCCAUGCGCCUCCGCCGACCAGCACUGUUCCCCGGCGUGACGCUGCUUCUCGCGGUGGCUCGCCUAGUUGGUGCCUCUGACGUGCUGGAACUCACGGACGACAACUUCGAGAGUCGCAUCUCCGACACGGGCUCUGCGGGCCUCAUGCUUGUAGAGUUCUUCGCCCCUUGGUGUGGACACUGCAAGAGGCUUGCCCCUGAAUAUGAAGCUGCAGCUACCAGAUUAAAAGGAAUAGUUCCGUUAGCAAAGGUUGAUUGUACUGCCAACACAAAUACCUGUAAUAAGUAUGGAGUGAGUGGAUAUCCAACCCUAAAGAUUUUUAGAGAUGGUGAAGAAGCAGGUGCUUAUGAUGGGCCCAGGACUGCUGAUGGAAUCGUCAGUCACCUGAAGAAGCAGGCAGGACCAGCUUCAGCUCCUCUUAAGACCGAGGAAGAAUUUGAGAAGUUCAUUGGUGAUAAAGAUGCUUCUGUGGUGGGUUUUUUCAAGGAUUUAUUCAGUGAAGGUCACUCUGAGUUUCUAAAAGCAGCCAGCAACUUGAGGGAUAACUACCGAUUUGCACACACCAAUGUUGAGUCUUUGGUGAACAAGUAUGAUGAUAAUGGAGAGGGUAUCACCUUGUUUCGUCCUUCACAUCUGAUGAACAAGUUUGAGGACAGAACUGUGGCAUAUACAGAACAGAAAAUGACCAGUGGCAAGAUUAAAAAAUUUAUCCAAGAAAACAUUUUUGGUAUCUGCCCUCACAUGACAGAAGAUAAUAAAGACUUGAUACAGGGCAAGGACUUACUUGUGGCUUACUAUGAUGUGGACUAUGAAAAGAACGCUAAAGGUUCCAACUACUGGAGAAACAGGGUGAUGAUGGUAGCAAAGAAAUUCCUGGAUGCUGGACACAAACUCAACUUUGCUGUAGCUAGCCGCAAAACCUUUAGCCAUGAACUUUCUGAUUUUGGUUUGGAAAGCACUGCUGGAGAGAUUCCUGUUGUUGCUAUCAGAACUGCAAAAGGAGAGAAGUUUGUCAUGCAGGAGGAGUUCUCCCGUGAUGGCAAGGCUCUUGAGAGAUUCCUGCAGGAUUACUUUGAUGGCAGCCUGAAGAGAUACCUAAAGUCUGAGCCAAUCCCAGAGAACAACGACGGGCCUGUAAAGGUAGUAGUAGCAGAGAAUUUUGAUGAAAUAGUGAAUGAUGUAAACAAAGAUGUGCUGAUUGAAUUUUAUGCUCCUUGGUGUGGCCACUGUAAGAAUCUGGAACCUAAGUAUAAAGAACUGGGAGAGAAGCUCAGAAAAGACCCAAAUAUUGUCAUAGCCAAGAUGGAUGCCACAGCCAAUGAUGUGCCUUCUCCAUAUGAAGUCAGAGGUUUUCCUACCAUCUACUUCUCUCCAGCCAAUAAGAAGCUAGAUCCAAAGAAAUAUGAAGGUGGCCGUGAAUUAAGUGAUUUUAUUAGCUAUCUACAGCGAGAGGCUACAAACCCUCCUAUAAUUCAAGAAGAAAAACCCAAGAAGAAGAAGAAGGCACAGGAGGAUCUCUAAAGCAGCAGCCAUACAUGCCACUUUGUAAAAGACUCUUCCACCAGAGCUGGGAAGACCAUUGGGGAAGACUGGGACCCAUAUGGGAUUAUUACCUCUCAGGGCUGAGAGGGUAGAUGGAUAUAAUCUGAAUCCUGUUAAAUUUUCUCUAAACCGUUUCUUAGCUGCACUGUUUAUGGAAAUACCAGGACCAGUUUAUGUUUGUGGUUUGGGGGGGAAAUGUGUUGUGGGGUUGGGAGGAAUUGUGUUGGGGGGUUAUUUUCUAAUUUUUUUUGUACA